AUGACAAAGAAGGAUCAAAUAAAGAAACCCUUAUCCUCUAGGUUGAGAGAUUUGAGUUCAAUGACAACUCUUGUGAGCUCUAAAAAUUUGUCAAGUAUGGAUCUGAUGUCCUCGUGUGGACAGAGCCUGCAAGAAAGUGGCCGACUUCACAAGAAGGAAGAGAUCUCCCCUGCCGGUGGUCAGGAAAAGGAAUUACGAUUUGAAACUCACUGCACCGUCUCUGCUCCUCUCCCUUUCUUCAACGCUCCUCCAAAAUCAUCUAACUCCAUCGGAUAUCUGCAACAUGGUCAGUGGCUGUUACUUGUCAUCCUCUUUGCACAUGUCUUGAAAAAUUUUACGAAGCUGCUUAAAAAUAGUAAUGGUAUUGGUGGAGAUGGAGGAGGCGAUUGCGCGGGGGACGGCACAGCAAAUAUAGAGUCACCGCCACCGCGUACUGUAAUUCCUGGUCUUCAUACCUGCUUUGAAAGCAGUAAAAAGAUCUCCCCAUCAGGCUAUGUAAGAGAGACACGAUUUGCAUUUCAUUGCAACGUCUCAGCUUUUCUUGUCAGUGCUGGAGCAUUAUCAAAAUUCCUUGCAUCAUGGUUGGGUUUUCCAUCAAAAAUCCUCCCCAAUUUAAUACCUUGGAUCAUUUUCAUUCUUGUGGUUGUGCUACUGAUCAUAGCUAGUAUUGCUAAAAGGCGUGGUGAUGGCUAUGUUGGUCACAACAAUGGUGGCUCAGUUGUUGCUGUUGAAAAGGUUUUGGUGGCAAGGGCAAAGCCUCUGGCGUCUCUUGAUCUUAAGACCUCUGUUUUCAACAAGGAGAAGAUCAUCCUCAAUGGCCACGAUGAGAAUAAAUUGCUAACCAGCCUCAUUCAUUAUAAGGGUUCUGUUCAAGCUCAGAACUUAAGGGAUUCUCUUGCCGAAGCUAGGUCUGAUAUAAAAGUCAAGGUUGGUCUUAGGAAGGAUUCUUGUUCUUCUGUUGAAGCCCGUGGUGCUGGUUUUACUGAAGAGAACGAUACUUUAGGUGAUAACUGGGAAACUAUUUCUGGAAGUGGUCUGGUGCUGCUAUUGAUUUCUGAUGCUGCACAGAAUAAAUUGCUAACCAGCCUCAUUCAUUAUAAGGGUUCUGUUCAAGCUCAGAACUUAAGUGAUUCUCUUGCUGAAGCUAUGUCUGAUAUAAAAUUCAAGGUUGGUCUGAGGAAGGAUUCUUGUUCUUUUGCUGAAGCCCGUGGUGCUGGUUUUACUGGAGAACGAUAUUUUGCACUUUUGUACAGUGCUCGCCUCAGGCUGCGAGGCAGUCUACAUACAGCUGCAGCUAGAGUUAACGAGCUACUGAAGGAACUUGGAUUGGAGUAUGUUGCAAAUGUGCGAAUUGGCAGUGAAUCAAGCCGGGGCAUUUCUAGCGGUGAGAGUUCUGUAGGAGUAGAUCUAGUUCAUGAACCGGCUAUUCUUCUAAUUGAUGAACCAACAUCUGGAUUGGAUUCAGCAUCAGCUCUUCAUAUAGUUUUGUUGCUCAAAUCUAUGGCUAUAAAGCAAGAUAAAACAAGCAUACUAACCAUCCAUCAACGUGGUUUCCAAAUUCUUGAGCUAUUUGAUAAGAUUCUGUUGUUAUUAAAUGGAACUAUUCUUCAUCAUGGUUCCUUGCAUCUCCUCGAGCAGCGGCUUACAUUUGCUGGUCAUUCCAUUCCUAGGCAUGUUAAUGUGCUUGAGUUUGCUAUCGAAAUGACAGAAGCCCUGGGCAUGGAAGAUAGUGAAGAAGGUGAAAUAGAAGAUACCGAUGUAGCACAAGAUUAUGAGCACAUCAGAAGAAAUCCUAACCAAUACAGCAAUAUUGAAGAAACUAUUUACUCCAAUGGUCGAUUCAAGGAGGUUUUAAUACUGGGUCAGAGAUUCUCCAAUAUCAUUUGCAGAACCAAUCAGCUCUUUGCACCAAGAAUACUACAGGCAGUACUUGGUGGGGUUGUGCUUGGAACUAUAUUCAUGAAUGCAACAAAUGAUUCAAAGAGACUUAAACUUCAGACUCAAAUUGGGUUCUUUGCCUUCAGCCUCACCUUCUUGUUGUCAUCCACAACAAAAGGCCUACCCAUUUUCUUGCAAGAAAGAAGAAUUUUAAUGAGAGAAACCUCAAAAGGAGCGUAUAGCGUUUCUUCGUAUGUCGUAUCAAACACUCCUCUACAGCACCCCAGUAUACUGGGUAGUUGGAUUGAGAAGGGAAAUGGGUGGGUUAAAAUACUUUUAGCAAGCGGAGAUAAGAAGGAGAAAAUCUCUCCAGCUGGCAAGGAAAAAGAAACACAAGGUGAAGCUCAUUGUGAUGUUUCUGUGACUCGAAAGUCUAUGCAAUCCGCACCAGAAUCCGGGAUGGUUUCUUCGAUUCCCAAGAAGAUAGGAGAUACGUUUGGUACCUUUUGGGCUGGUGGUGGAACAGCUAAAAGGGUUUUGGAGCCAGGUGAAAAGGAACCUUUAACUUCCCUUAAUUGUCAGACCUCUGUUUUUAAGGAGGAGAAGAUCACUCUCGGUGGACAAGAUGAGUACAUUGUGAGAGGAGGAAGGGAUUUGUUUCACUUGUUGCCUGAUGCAUUCAAAGGGAUUAAGCAGAUUGGUGUCAUUGUUUGGGGUUCCCAGGGUGCUGCCCAAGCUCAGAAUUUAAGGGAUUCUCUUGCUGAAGCCAAGUCUGACAUAAAAGUCAAGAUUGGCCUCAGGACUGGCUCUUGUUCUUUUGCCGAAGCACGUGCUUGUGGUUUUACCGAAGAGAAUGACACUUUAGGUGAUAUUUGUGAGACUGUUUCAGGAAGCGAUCUAGUGCUGCUAUUGAUUUCUGAUGCAGCACAGGCAGAUGACUAUAAAAAGGUUCUCUCCCAGAUGAAGCCAAACAGCAUCCUUGGGCUUUCCGAUGGAUUUCAUCUUGGGCAUUUGCAGUCAAUGAAACUUGAUUUUCCAAAGAAUAUUGGUGUGAUUACUGUUUGCCCUAAGGGAAUAGGUCCUUCUGUAAGGAGACUCUAUGUUCAAGGAAAAGAGAUCAAUGGUGCUGGAAUUAAUUCUAGUUUUGCAGUCCACCAGGAUAUCGAUGGUAGAGCCACAGAUGUUGCCUUGGCAUUGUCAGUGGCCAUUGGUUCGCUUCUCACAUUUGCCACUACACUAGAGCAGGAAUACAAGAGUGAUAUCUUGAGGGAGCAGGGUGAGUGUAGUUCCCUACAUUUUAUUUCUGCACCUGCUGCUUGA